AUGGCGCCGCUCCUUCCCCGUGCGGAUAGGAGUGUGAUGGUGGCCAGUGUCGACGGUGUUACCCUGCUCUUGGUCUGGAUUGUCGUGGCUCUGCGGUGCUACACUCGGGUGCGCAUCGUCAAAGCGUUCGGGCUGGACGACUACUUCAUGGUGUCCUUCACCAUCUUUAUCGCGCUCGGCUCCGCGGGGCUCCGCUUCGGCGUCGGCCAGCAAUCCCACACCCUCGAUUUCGGGGACAUGGAACUGGCGCUGGGGUUUUGGUGGGGAUGCUACCUCAGCUACGGCACGACCAUGACCUUCGCUAAGCUGUCUAUCGCGUGGUUCCUUGCGCGCGUGGCCGUGUGCCCGGCGCAAAAGCGCGUCCUGUACGCCGUCAUGGCCGUGGUGGCCGCCACGGGCGUCGCCUUCUUCUUCGUCGCCGCCCUGCAGUGCCGCCCCGUCAGCUUCUUCUGGGACAAGAGCAUUGAGAGCGGCCAGUGCAUGAACAACGACGUCGCCAUCACCCUCGGCUUCCUGUUCGGCAACCUCAGCAUAGUUACGGAUCUGAUCCUGACCCUGGGGCCCAUGUGGGUCUUCUCGCGGCUGAAUAUGAACACCCGGACCAAGGGCAUCAUGAUGGUGUUUAUGGCCACGGGGCUUGUAGCCACCUUCGCCGCCGGCCUCCGGCUCGCGCACCUCAAGUCGCUGAACGGCACCGACUUCCUGUACGACACGACCGGCAUCGCCGUGUGGUCGACGGUCGAGCAGGCCCUGGCCAUCAUGGCCGGCAGCCUCGCGACCGUCCAGCCGCUGGUCAGCAGGCUGCUUGGCGCUGCCUCCCGCAACGCCGCUCUGGUAGACAUGAGCGGGCCUGCAAGCUCGGGGUCGCCCGCCCGCCGGAGAGACCCGCCGCCGAGCAACGGCGAGAUAUUCAUGGGCGGCGAAGCGCUGGGCACGGACGGCAUGGACAGCGAGCUGGAGCUGGCGGAAUAUCACCGCUAG